UUUUUUAAGUGUUGAUGCAGAUUCGUAGUGUUCCCACGUGAGGUAGCAACAGUGGCCAAGCAUGUUCGGCACAGUACCCGACUUUGCGCAACAUCUUCUUUUUUAAAGCCAAAGUAAUUCCACACAACAGACGUGCUGCUCCUCUUUGGUACAAGGCUCUCACCUGGGUUAGCUUCUGACGAGCCUGAAGCCAUUGUGCAACAGGUUUAGUGCAACCGCGAUGCUAGCUUCUGUCUGGCGCUUGCUACUCCGCUCCGGCCAGGUGUGAUUGCGUCACCGGAUCAUGUGACCACAUCGCAGGCCUCGCGAUUAGCAAAUCUCGUCCUGUCCUAUCGCGAUAUUAUCGCAAAUGCAAUUAAUCGUUAAGCCCUAUUGUUUUUUGUCACUGUCUGGUUGUUUGGUGUGUCUUUAUGGUCAGGUUGUGUGUCUUUAUGGUCAGUUUGUGUGUCUUUAUGGUCAGGUUGUGUGUCUUUAUGGUCAGUUUGUGUGUCUUUAUGGUCAGGUUGUGUGUCUUUUAUGGUCAGGUUGUGUGUCUUUAUGGUCAGGUUGUGUGUCUUUAUGGUCAGGUUGUGUGUCUUUAUGGUCAGGUUGUGUGUCUUUAUGGUCAGGUUGUGUGUCAGAGACCAGAUUUAGAUUCAUUUAGUUAUUCAGAUGCAGGAUGUUUUUCUCCACUCGUUGUGUGUGUUUUUGUGUUUAUUGUGUGUGUAGCUGCCCCCCCGGUCUCCACCUCGUCCUCUAACUGACGUCUCUCUGCCGGCAUUUGGACGACCAGAAGAACCAGAACAUGACCGACUGAAGGUUCUGCUGCUUUCACCAAACUGUACGUCCUGAUCCAUGCACGCUGGAAACUAUUAACAACACACACACACACACACACACACACACACACACACACACACACACACACACACACACACACACACACACACACACAGAGUCAGUUAUUCUUAUGUAAGAUCAGAUUCUGUUGCUGCAUCACUCAGACCUUCAACCACAAAAACUCUCAGAUUCACCGACUCACAACGGCCUGUUACCAUGGAAACCACCGCAGACAGGAAACCACACACAGCCCAACACACACAGCCCAACACACACAGCCCAACACACACAGCCCAACACACACACACAGCCCAACACACACAGCCCAACACACACAGCCCAACACACAAAUCCUGAAAACAAUCUCAUUGUUGGAAUCCAGACUCUGAAACUCAAAGUUCUCCAGAAAUCCUGUGCUGAGCCCAAACCCGGUGGGAAGUUCCAACUUCUUCAGAAGUUUUAUGAAGCAUCUCAACAAUCAUCACACUGGAAAAACCCAAACACCGUAAGAAGUUCUCAGUUCUCAGGAAGUCCUGGAAUGAUGACGUGGAUGAAGCCCAAACAUGGGGAGAAGUUCUGAAGUCUCAGGAAUCCUGCUCUAAGAACAAACACACUAAUAAAUCCUGUUCUGCACCUGGAACCCAAACAUGAGUUUUCGUGCUUUGGAUUCGUCUGAUGUUCCAUCCGGCUCUCAGCGAGUUCUGGGUUUCCAGCGGCGCCACUCGCUGUGCCCCGUCACGCUGCCCAACUCCAAGUUCAACAGCGGCGAGUCGCCCGAGGCGAGCUGCUGGGGGCUCAACAUGGCCGCCGGCCCGCCGUGGAGCCGUGAGCUGAGCUCGUCUCUGAGCCACAUCCCCUUCAGGGUGGACCGCUCCGUCAGCAUGAUCGAAGGCGGCGUCCGGGAGGACAAGAUGGCCUCCGCGUCGCCGCCGCUGCCGCCUCCUCCUCCGGGCCUGUGCAUCGGCAACGCCUCUCUGUCGGCCCGGCCGCCCCCCCACAUCUCCACCCGCUACAAGACGGAGCUGUGCCGGACCUACGAGGAGAGCGGCGCCUGUAAAUACGGCGCCAAGUGUCAGUUCGCUCACGGCCUGGACGAGCUGCGAGGCCUCAGCCGACACCCCAAGUACAAGACGGAGCCCUGCCGCACCUUCCACACCAUCGGCUUCUGCCCCUACGGCGCCCGCUGCCACUUCAUCCACAACGCCGACGAGGCCAACGCCGCCGCCGGGCCUCACAAACACAAGCUGAGGCCUCCUCUGCUGCGCCACAGCUUCAGCUUCGCCGGCUUCUCCUCGUCUCCUCAGACCUUCCAGCCUCUCAAAGAGCCUUCGUCCCUCCUCUUCACUCGGGCCUCCUCCGUCUCGCCUCCCCCGUCCUCCUCGGUGAGUCCGGAGCUCCCGUCUCCUCUGUUUCCAGAACCGGGAGCCCUGAAGCACUGCUCCUAUCCCUUCUCUGGGAUCGGCGACCUGGCGGCCGACGCCGGCGACUCGCUCCGGUUCUACGCUGCGCCCGACUCGCUCAGAACCUCCAAACCCCAGAAGCUCCAGUACCUGCCGCCGGGCCUCCAGCGCUGCUCCUCGGCCGACUCGCUGUCUGAGGAGGGCUACACGUCGUCCUGCUCGCUCAGCUCGGCCUCCAGCGGAACCGAGUCCCCGAGCUUCGAGGGCCGACGGCUGCCCAUCUUCAGCCGGCUGUCGGUUCCGGACGAGUAGAAGUAGUCCCGCUGACUGGACUCACUCAGGGACAGACUGGUAACUCUGACUCCAGAGGAUUAGAACUUUAGCGGUUCUGUUCCCUCAUGAAUCCGGCCCAGUGAAUAUCUUUGUGCAUAUUGCAUUCCUCAUCCCAGCAGCUGUAGCGCUGCUCAGUGUCGGUCCUCUGUCUGUGUGUUACUCUGUAUACUGUUGUAUACCCGUUAGUACAGAACCUGUGCAGCCCGGCGCUGGUUCUGAUGCUGGUUCUGAAGUUCUGUGUGAGAACUUUGUGCACCCUGAAGAAGAAGAAAGAUGUUCCUGUUUUUACUGCUUUAUUUGAUCCGUCUUUGUGUCGAUUCUCAGCCGUCCAGGUGAUCCAGCCGGACUUCUGCUGGGUUCUACAAGACGUUCCACCUCCAGAACCCAGCAGAAGUCCAGUGCUAGAACCCAGCAGAAGUCCAGUUCUAGAACCCAGCAGAAGUCCAGUUCUAGAACCCAGCAGAAGUCCAGUUCUAGAACCCAACAUGGAAGCUCCAGUAGCUUCUACUUUUACUGAAGCGUCCGUGUUUCUUGGUCGUAUUUCUUCCUUUAAGUCUGCAGCUUUCAGCAUUUCUGACAUUCAGGGCUGAACACCUGUCACUGAUUGAUUUACUGAUUGAUUGAUUGAUUGACUGAUUGAUUGACUUACUGAUUGAUUGACUGAUUGGCUGUGGACACCUGAUUGUACUUGUUUUAACCGCUGUAGAGAACCACUGACUCCAGUGACCAAAGUUCCUCCUUUCCUGCUAGUUAGCGUUAGCGCCCAGACUGCUGUGACUCCAGUUUAACUCCUCAGUUUUAUUUAUUGCUUUUUGUCACCUCAUGACUGUUUUAUGUAUUUUUCUGUGACGCUGGAGAAAUGAGGACGCUUCUUUCUGUUGGUGGGAAGCUUUAAGGCGGCCGGUGGGAGGAGAGCCCAGGAGGAGUCUUCACUUGGCAUUCUGUUCUCAUGUUGCCUUACGGCUAAAGGCCUGCAGGAAUCAGGACUCUCCUCUCCACCUCCUCACCUGACGUCAGACUCACCUUUACCUCAGCGGUAACAGGAGGAACAGAACCUAUCGCCUGUUUGAAGUGUUUUUAAGCUGUUUAAUGUGAAGAAUGGAUGUAAACUAUAAACUCUGGUCGUUUAUUUUAGUCCUGAAAUGGACUCUGAGCUUCUUUCUUUAACUUAAAUCUUAUUUAUUUUGGGUUUUAUAUUGUGUUGAUUGAUUGUUGUGUGUGUUUGUUGUCACAUAAUUUAAGUGCAGCUAUUGUUUACAUCCCGUGGUUGUGUUCAUAUCUCAGCUCUUUAUCUUAAUAUAUGUCCUUCUUUAUUUCAAAAUAAAGGUCUUUGAAAGGA